AAAAAUGUGCCUAAACGUUAUUGAAUGCUAGCCUUUAUAUUUAAACCUUAAAUUUUAUUAUGCAGUGUACAUUUUCCAGAAAAUGAUAGUCUCGCACAACAAAGCUUCUAUUGGUGCUACAGCAUCUGCUCCUGCCUGCGUGUCAAAACAAUAGGUGAAGAACACUAAAGGAAAUUAUUCAGACACUAUUCCAUGUGUCGUUCUCAGUUCCUGGAGUCUGACAAUAUUUGCAGGUCCAGAGGAUGUUUCUCCAGACUCUGUAGGUGUUCCGAUGGCUCUUUCUCCUUGUUCCAAUGGGGUCCCAAUAGUUGUCUUGUUCCUGCUGUUCCUGGCUUCCACUGUUUUGUGUGACUGCUUAACUCCAACCUUACCCCCCAGUUCUAGAUUAAGAGGUUCAGAAGACCUAAAAGAUAGCUAUCCUACUGGAACUGUUUUGCGAUUAGUGUGCAUCCCAGGUCAUGAAUUUAUACCUGGGAGUCGUCCUCUUAUGACAUGCUCUCCAGAUGGAACGUGGACAAAGAUUCCAGAAUUAUGUCAAGGAAAGCGAUGUCCGGUUCCACAUUUAGAAAAUGGAAGAAUAGUAACUUCAGAUGAUCUUCGGCUUGGUGAAACAGUAACCCUGGCUUGUGACGUUGGAUUCAGAAUGAUAGGUGAAAGUACCCUUCGAUGUGUUCUAAGAGGAGGCGAAGUUAGGUGGCACAGAGACAUUCCAUACUGUGACCGGAUUCCUUGUGUUCGCCCUCCUGCAAUUUCCAAUGGAAGAUAUGAAGCUGAUCCUAGAGAUGAAUAUUCUGUGGGCAUGAUUGUUGUAUACCGGUGUGAUGCCGAUUUCUCCCUUAUUGGACAUUCAACAAUUAACUGUGUAGUUGCAGCUGAUGGUAAGAAUGGAGAGUGGAGUUCACCUCCACCCGAAUGUAAAAAAGUCAAUUGUGCGAGACCAAGCAUCCGAAACGGGAGAUUGGCAACUUUAUAUAGACCUACAUAUACAUAUGGUGAUAGUGUAUCAUUUGAAUGCAAUCCUGGCUAUACUUUGGUAGGGGCCACUGUGGUUAAAUGUGCUGCUGAUAAUACAUGGAAACCUCCUCUUCCACGUUGUGACAAGGGUGUAGCAACUACCAAACCAACCAGACCACCUCCACCAGUUCCUCCUGUCCCUCCUCCUGUCCCUCAUCCACCCCCUGGCCCCCCCACAAUUCUCCCUACCCUUGUUCCUCCAAAAGAAGAUGAGACUACUUUUAUUCCAAUGUACCCAACCCAAAGUGCAACAAUUCCUACACCUGAAUCAGGAUCUGAAUCAGGCAAAAUUGUUGGAAUUGUUUUUGGAAUUAUUUUUGCCCUUAUAGUUCUGGCUGCUUUGAUAUUUGCAGCUGUGAAAUGGUGGAGCCAGUGGAAAGCUAAUGCUCCUGAAAAUAGUCAGAUAGCUUCAGAGAAAGAAAAAACAACGGGUGAUCAGAGACCACAAAAACUUGGAAGUAAAACUUCAGGAAACAUUCAGCGUUUUUCUUCUUUAGAAUAGAAAACGGAGACUCUGUGAAGUUUGGGUCCAAAGUUUAAGUUAAUUUUCAUAGUUCUACGGUUUUGCAAUGCAUGAAGCAGCUAGUUCCUGAAAUAGUUCAUAUUCAGUUUCCAACAAAUGCUCCUUUUGCAUAUGCUGCUUUUCUAUUCUAGUACUCUGUACUUAUACCCUUUCCAGAUAUCUCUUAGAGCAGGGGUCCCCAACCUUGGUCACCUUAUGACUUGUGGACUUCAACUCCCAGAAUUUCUCAGGCAGCAUUGCUGGAUGAGGAAUUCUGGGAGUUGAAGUCCAUAAAUCAUAACGUGGCCAAGGUUGGGGACCUCUCUCUUAGAGCACGGGUAUCAAAUUCAAUCGCCUCAUGUGAUGUAUUGUGACGUGUCAUGAUGUUUUUUGCCUUUGCGGAGCUGGAGUGCGUGUGGCCUGUGCGUGACUCAUCUGGCCUGUGGGCUGCCAGUUUGACACCCCUGCCUUAGAGGGUCUCUUUCUGUAUGUCUGAGAUACAGAAUCUGAGGGAGCUGCCCAGGCAUCUGCUUCAGGGAUGAUGCCUUAGAGAUACUAGAAUGAAAGCAUUCUGCAAGUUCUCUUAAAUCUGUUCUUAAAUCUGUUUCUGAAUUCGUGUGACAUCAGAACAAGAGUCACAAGCGUCAUGUUUGCUUCUGAGGCUUUAAAAUUGUGCUAAAACUGUGCCUCAUAUAAAUUGUGAUCUGGUAUACCUUUUAGCAGUCAGUGUAAACUUUGUAAAUUGGACCAAAUAAAUUAAGCAAAACUUUUAGGAGACUUAUUGUAUAAUUGAUAUCACUAAAUUCACUGUGACCAGAUACCACUGUGCUUUGGUUAAAUGGAGUCCUGCCUGUAAUAUUCAACAUAUGUGUCAGGCAAUAGAUGAUAAGAUGCCAGAAUAAAUGAAAAAGUGCUCUUGAGUAAAUAAUAAUUGCUAAAUUUGGUGUAUCUUUCUCAUCUCUUAUAUUUUGGAAGAAAUCUAUGCCUACUUAUUAUAA